AUGUUAGAAAGCAAAAGUGAAAACAUACUGUGGGUAAGACUCUCUAGCCAAAGCUUUGGACUCCAGCAAGAUUUAUACCUGUGCGCCGUGUAUGUUAAGCCCAGUAACGGAGCACUGGAUGAAAGUACCUUUGAAAUUUUAGAGAGUGAGAUAGCUGCGUAUGCACCUUCUGGCACAGUUUGCUUGUUAGGGGAUUUCAAUGCAAGGACUGGAAAUUUACAAGACACUACUGUUUGUGAAAAUACACCUAGUGCAAUGAUACCAAACAAGCCCAACACAAGUAGAAUCUGCCUUCAAAGAAACAACUUAGAUUCGGUUAUCAACCCCCAGGGGAGAACUUUGGUAGAUUUAUGUAUUGCAAGUAGCAUGAAAAUAUUGAAUGGGAGAACAAUAGGAAACUCCCUAGGCUAUUUUACAUGUUAUAACAGACAGGGCUGCAGCACUGUAGACUAUGCUAUUGUGAGUGAUGGGCUGCUUAGCGAUGUAAAUUUUUUCACAAUACACCCCAUUGAUUAUUUAUCUGAUCACUGCCUGCUAGAACUAUCAAUACGUACUAAUGUCAUACAAAAAUCUGCUAUCUCAACAACAGUUCACAGAUUCAACGAGCAGUACAUUUGGAAACCAGACUCGCCUGAAAAAUUUUUAAACGCUCUAGAAGAUGAUGAAACGAUCAAUGAAAUUAGCAAACUCCAAUGCACCCACUUCCCUAACACUAAAGAAGGAGUGAACAAAGCUUGUAAUGAACUCCAAAAUAUCCUUUGUAAUGCGGCUAAUAAAUCACUAGCAAAGAGAAAGCCUCCUAGAAAUGGAACUAAUAAGACAAAACGAGUGAAAAAACACCCCUGGUUUGACGGCACAUGUGCCGAAAUCAGGCGCAAUAUAAAGCACCUUGGGAAAUUGCUACAGAACAACCCAGGAAACAACUUUGUUGCCCACACCUACCAUGAAGCCUCUAGAAAAUAUAAGCAACUAAUAAAGCGUAAAAAACGGGAGCACAAAGAUUUUCUACUUAAAAGAUUACUCGAAAACGAAGAGAAAAACCCUAAAGAAUUCUGGGAAGUUUUUAAAAACCUGAAAGAAAAAGAAACCAGGCACAACUUAAUUAGUCCAGACAUUUGGCUUAAACACUUUCACCAGCUUUGUGGGAUUGCCCCGAAUGAAAACAACAUAAUCGAUGCCCCGUUAAAAGAGAUGGAAAGACAAGAGGGUAUUCCAAUACUAGACAGUGCAAUAACAUGUCAUGAAGUGAAAAAUGCCCUGAAAAAGCUUAAAAGUGGGAAAGCAGCUGGGGAAGAUGCAAUUAAGAAUGAAAUGCUUAAAGUAGGAACCCAGUACCUAGCAAUUGUUAUCACAAAGAUCUUUAAUCUUAUCCUCAAUACCACUGAAAUUCCCGACACUUGGAACCUUGGCAUCAUCAUACCUAUCCAUAAAAGUGGUGAACAUAUGAAUCCAUCAAAUUAUCGAGGACUGUGCAUCACCAGUUGUCUGGGGAAACUGUUUAACUCAAUACUCUUUGCUAAGACGUGUGAUGUCAGCUUGACUGUUAGAUCAUUUUUCUUGUCUAGUCCAAAAAAAGAAUCUUCACAAGUGAAACUCAAGAAGCUUGCAUGA